ACGAAAAUUUACAACUGACGUUUAAAAAUGGCAUUAAUUUUCAAUUUCCUUUUUGGAUUUAGUUUAAUUCUCAGAGUUUUGUCCCUUGAGCAAUGUUUACAAAUUGAUUCCAAUGAGAUUGCAGAAACUUUACAGUGUGGCAAUUUUACAGCAAAACUUGGUUUAUAUUAUGAGAAUUUUUUGGAAAUAACAUGCAAUAACAAUGUUGAUUUAUCAAUAUUUGAUUAUAAUUUAAUAUUUAAAAAAAAUAUUACCUACGCUGAGAGAAGAAACAUUAUUUUUAUUAAUUGUACUAUUUUAGAAAGUACUAAUUUCAAAAAUAUCGUUCAACAUAUAAACAAUGAUAUUGGUUUAAAUAUCAUUCAAAUAUUAGAAUUUUCACAAAGUAAUAAAAUAAUUUUAUCACAAUAUAAUUUGGAAUUAUUUAAAAAUCUCGAUUAUUUAACUAUUGAAAAUUGCAAUCAACUUAAAGUAAAACCUCACGCAUUAGAUAAAUUGCAAUUAAUUUCGGUAAUAAAAUUUCAAAAAAUUAAAUUAAUUCUCUUUAGUCGAGAAAUUUUUCAAAAAUUACAAAAUUUAGAAAGCAUAUAUCUUGUUAAUAUUAAUUUAGCAAGAAUUCCAAGAGGACUAUUUCACGGUUUAACAAAAUUGACACUAAUUAAUCUCAAAAACAAUGUUUUAACCACCAUUAACGAUGAGGAUUUUUCAACUCAAAUAAAUUUAAUUGAUUUAAUUCUCGAGAACAAUAAAUUAACAAAAAUUUCAAAAAAUUUCUUUAAAUCAAAUCAAUUGGAAACAAUAAAUUUAAAAGGAAACAAUAUAAAAUAUUUAGAUGAUAAAAUUUUUAAUAAUCAAUCUAAUCUAAUAGAUUUGGAUUUAUCUGACAAUAAAUUUCAAAUGAUUUCGAAAAAUUUAUUAAAUGGUUUAGAAAAAUUAUGGAUUUUAUCAUUUGAAAAUAAUGAAAUAAAUUUAAUUGAUGAUAAUGCAUUUAAUGAUUUAUCAGCGUUGAGACAUUUGAAACUUGGUCAUAAUAAAUUGACAACAAUUCCAAAGAAUUUUUUUCAUGGAUUAAAAAAAUUAAAAGUACUUACACUUGAAGAAAAUAAAUUGAAAACAUUGGAUAAUUUAAGUUCACAAAUUUUGCCUGAUCUUAAAAAAUUGGAUUUAAGUCACAAUCAACUCAAUGGAAUUCCAGAUAAUUUUUUAAAUAAAUUGUCAAAUAUGAAAUAUUAUAAUUUGGAAAAUAAUAAUUUUUUCAUCGUUAUAGAUAAAUUACGACAACUCAAAUAUGUACAAGACACCGAUUAAUUCCAAUAAAUUAGCGACGAAAUUUCUUUUUUCAUAUAUUAUUUAAAAUUUGUACUGGUUUAAUUUCAAUUUUUUUUUGAUGUUUUAAAGUAAAUCAAAAACAGAUUUUUACGUUUUAAAAAUUAGGGAAAAUUGUAAUUAUUAUUAAUUAUUAACAGUUCUUGAUAGGAAAAAAAAAUAAUGCAAACACUCAGCUUUUUUUCCAUAUUGCUGUUAGUAUCGUUAUUGUUAACUAGU